GCGCCGCUGCCUUUCGCUCGCACGCUGGUGAGACGCUCGGGCUCGCACCCAAAGUCCGUCUUCGUGCGCGAGAUCUUCCUCGACGGCUCCGCCUUCCGCUCCACGGCCAAGGUGCUUGCGCGCGCGGGCUGGGCGGCGGUCACGACGACAGCGGCCGGGGAGCUGCAGGCGGCAGUGGAGGCCCUGCGAGGCGGCGUCGGGCCGCUCACCCUCUACACCGACUCGGCGAUGGUGCACGACGGCUGGGCCUUCGGCAAGCGCUGGUGUCUGGAGUGGGGUCGGCCCUGCCGCGGGCUGUGGUUGCAGUUCGGGCAUCUCGGCGAGGACUACACGGUGACACCGUGGUGCAAGUUUGCGUGGCUCGACAUCGUGGAGAGCGUCUCCGACUGGCUGGGCGAGGCCAUGCAGGAGGGCGACUCGCUGCUGCGGGCGCCCGACGGGUUCGAGGCGCCUGGCCUUGAGGCGAUCAGGUGGGCUUGGGCGGGCUGCCGACAGCGUCCAGUGGCAGCCUGCGGGGUCGGCGGGCCCGACUGCGCCUUCCGCGCCUGCGACCGCCAUGGCACGGCGCUGCUUCUGGGCGAGACGGUCUGCUGGAGCUGCGGGGUCUGCGCCGCCGCAUGCGCCCUCGUGCAGGGGGGCCGAACGGCCGCCCGCAGCAGAGGCUCGGGCGACGGCGCAGGAGCGGCGGGAGCAGCCGUUCUCGCCUUGGCGGCCGCCGCGCUGGCGGCACGCCCUCGCGGCGAGGCCGAGGGCGGUGGCGGGGGCGGCGAG